CAGAGCAUUAUUUUCGCGCUCGUAUGCAAAGCCUCAGAUAAAUGGCGAACGGAAGGGCAAACUGUAAACAAAUACAACAGAACUAGACAUUUUUAGACGGAUUGUGACUUUUAAGAGAAAAGUGACUCUAUAUUACGAAUGCUGUGUGUAAAUACAAACGGAAAUAUUCGAUAUGCGACAGUCAGCGAGAAUUUAAACUAGCCUCAUUCAGCGUUAGGACGCUACCUAGGCCUGCUGACAUUUGCGCAGACUUGGAAUUCGAUAGUGCUGUAAUGCGAACGCGCGCUCUAAAUUAGCAUUUAAAAUUUGUUUUAAAAUCAUCAUAUACGUCUGAGGAAGUUACAACUAGGCAGUAUCAUGAGUACAAACUCGGACAGCGGUCAGCCGUCCGAAACUAAGCAGAGGAAAAGAAGUGCGAGUCCAAGUGUAACGUUAGAGUCUGACUCCACGCUGCCCAAGCAGGCGAAAGUAAGUGAUGAGGAACCAAGGAAUGACUCUCAUGAAGAUGCAGAACCCGAGAAAGUUGGCAAUGACAAGCCAAAACACGGAUCCGAGCAUCCCGAAGAAGCUAAAGAGAAGGAUACGGUGGUUCUGAAUGAAGCAGACGCGCAGGUGAGCACAGGACAGGCUUGUGGAGGUGAGAGCGCGCGCAAGCCGUCAGAUUCCGCUGCCAUCGCCGCAGCAGAAGCGCUCGCCAGUCUGACCGGUGGAGACGCGGACGAAGACCGUACAGAAAUGCCCUGUUCGUCUAAAAAAGCGAGCCGAGAGAAAUCAAGGGAUAAGUCUAAUCGCCCCAGUUGCUCUCAGAGCGAGAGAAGGACGGAGGCAGCCGCGGCUGACAGCUCCUCAUCCCUGCUGCUCUGCGAGGACAGAGAAGAUCCAGAGCAGGCUUCGUUCGUGGAUGAUGAUGAGGAGGAGGAGGAGGAUGACGACUCUCUUCCUGGCUCUUCCUCCACGGCUAGCUCGUCUGUCGCCUCUGAUAAUGAGGAUAACGAGGACGGAGAGUGUGCCAUAGUGUCGGUGAAGAUGGCCCCGGAGGUGCGGCAGUCCGUGGCGCUGCUCGCACAGGUGCAGAUGCGGCUGGACGCGCUGGAGAAGAAAGGCGCGCGUCUGCAUCAACGCCUGGAGAUCAAAGUGAGCCGCCAGCGACGCCCUCACCUAGACCAGCGCAGCGCCAUCACUCAAGCCAUCCCUGGCUUCUGGGUCACUGCUCUUCUGAAUCACCCACAUCUGUCAGCGCAAAUCGAUGAGACUGAUGAAGAUGCUCUAAGCUACAUGACUAAUUUAGAGAUUGAGUCUUUCAAGAACAACAAACUCGGUUACCGCAUCUGCUUCCAUUUCCGGCGAAAUCCCUUUUUUCAAAACAAAAUGAUAGUGAAGGAGCUUCAUCUUGGUAUGGGAGGGUCUCCGGUGUCAUUCUCAAACCCAAUUUUGUGGCACAGGGGGCAGAAUCUGGUCGGUAGUGGAGAACCACGUCGAACAUCACGGGGAAUCUACCAGAGCUUCUUCCAUUGGUUCAGUGACCACAGCAACCCAGGAAGGGAUGACAUCGCACAGAUCCUGAAAGAUGACCUGUACAGAAACCCUUUGAGGUACUAUCUGACUCCACUCUGGGAGCCACGAGAGAAUGGCAGCAGCGGUCCCAAACCUCAGGGCAACAAUAAUGGAGACGAGUGUGUGAUCAUCUCAGAUUCAGAUGAAGAUGAGGAGAAGAGCCAAAAUUUGGAGCAAGAGGAUGAGGAUGAAGAUGAUGACCAAGUCGGAGGCUCAGAAGAGAAUGACAGAGAUGAGGGGGAGUCCUCCUACGAGGAAAGAGAUGAAGAAGAAGUGGAUGUUGAGGAAGUAGAAGAGUCACGUGACUCCGGUGACUGUGAGGUCAAAGAGCAAGGACAGGACGAGGAAGAUAUUGAUGUAGAUGAAGAGAAGAGUUAGGACACGGGGUUGUCUCGGUUUCUUUUUAUGCAGAAUAGCAUCAUUAGAAUUUUCUAUGAUCUGUUUUCCUGAUAUCAUUUCCUGCAUAAAUUAAGAGUCUGUUUCAAAUAACAAGUGGUUAAUGAUGCUUAAUGAUCAGGGUUCAACUAUGUCUUCAUUGUAGAUGGUACUUUCUAUACAUUAAAGAUGAUGAAUAUUCAAAUUCAGUGUGCGCACUCCUCCGAAAACAUGUUUUCUUUAAGAUGUCAUCACAUUUGACAUUUAUAACUUUACUUUAACAGAUUUCAGAGGGCUACUGAUACCCGUAAGACACCUCUUUUAUCUCACAACGAACUGUUUAAAGCUUGGGAUUACAGACUGCACUCAGUUUAGUUUUGUUUUUGUAUGACCGUAUGCAGUAGCCUUGUCUGUCACUCACAAUCAUGAUCGUUUAUAACCAUACUCUCCUGUUUGGAUGUUUUACGGGCCUAAUCAUGUUUUCCAGUUAUUGCUGUAAUAUGUUUGGUUAAUUGCUGUUUGUGUUACUUUUUUAUCCUCCUCUACAGAAUUCUAACAUCAUGAAGCAAUGUUUCCUCACCUUGUUAUUGUUCAUAAACUCUACCCCCACAUUUUGAUUAUAAGGAGAAAGGUCAAACAUUCUGAAAUGCACUUCAUUCUGAACCAAAACUAGAUAACUCAGGGAUGUUUACUCUUUCAUCCUCCUUAUAUUGUAGUUGUGUUUCCUGUCAUGAGCUUCAUUUAUUCAGUUUUGUGUCAUUAGUACAUAACAUCUUUUGUUUAUUGAUGAACCUUUAAAUAAUUGUAGUUUAUUUCACUUUGUUUAUAUAAGCAGAUUGAAUCCUGACACUUGGUACCUCUUGCCGUGGUGAUCAUGUAAUCCUUAAAACUACUUUUGUCAUGUCUAGGGUUGACACACCGUCAACACAUGCACGUUACCAUUUAUUCACUGCAAUGAAUAACAAUUGUAAUGUUAUUUAAAUGAGCAAAAUAGUGGUGAGGCCAUCUUAUGUGGUGUUUUUCCCCCUUUUGACAGCAUGAUGUGUGCACUCGAUACUCAAAACGUUUGUGUCCAGUUAAAUGCUUAGAUAAAAUGGUAAAAAUAGUGAAUAUGUACACAUUUUUCAUGAUGUCUUUUAUAUUCAUAUCACUUUUGCAUUUAUUUCUAAUAGUGUUUCUUUUGCUCCUUAGGAAUAAUUUCUUUAACUUUGGUCAGUCAGUUAUUAGAGUGAAACCAUUCUAAAUGUUCUCCUUGGUAUCUGUAAUAAGGCAUUUGUGUUAAAAGAUUUUGAGUUUGGACCUGUAAAAGUUUGGUUUAAAAAUGAAAAGCUGUUAACUCAUUGUAAGUAUACUGGAUUGUACUUGUUUUACUUGCAAAGCCAGUGGUUUGUACAUAAUCCUUUCCCUUAAAAAGGGUUUAUAAUUUGUUAUUGAAUUAUUAGGGUAGAUUUGACCUACAGUAUCAAAGAAAAGCUAUAUUUUGUGUGCUAAAUUUUAUAGAGAACUACAAUUUUUAAAUGUGUGGUUUUGUUUUUUUGUUUUCCAUGUCAAAUAAAGUUUUUGUCUUUUCAUUCA